GAAACUGCCUUGAUAAUCGGCAUAGUGAAUUUGUUCGUUGGAAUAAUUGCGGUUGUGGGAAAUUCAGCCCUUUGUUUGACAAUUUACCUAGAUCCAUUUCGACGCCUGAGGAGUACGGCAAAUUAUUUGGUGGUAAAUUUGGCAAUUGCGGACUUACUCACAGGCUUGAUAACCGAGCCUUUAUAUGCAGCCUAUGAAAUAACCAGCUACAUAGGAAAAGAGGCGUAUACUUUGUACAUUAUAGGAGAAUCGACUGCCUACGUUUUUGUAAACGCUUCUAUUUGGUCUAUUCUUUUGUUGGCUUGGGAUAGGUACGUUGCCGUUGCUUCACCUUUAUUACAUGCGCAAAAAAUGGAUGUUAAGCGUAUUUUGACAAUGAUAAUUCUUCUUUGGAUAUACUCAAUCAUUUUUAGCUUGUUACGAUUCAUGGGAGUGCCAGAAGAUAUAUUUUACUGGGUGGAUUUGCACGUUAACUACACCUUUUUUGGGGCGAUCUUAAUUGGGCUGUAUAUUUCUAUCUAUUACAAAAUUAGGAACCAGCUGGCUUUGUCAUUACAGGCCCAAGGUUUCAACAGCCAGACUAAAAGAAAGCCCACGCACGAUGAGAUCGAAGCUAAUGCCAAAUCAGAAAAGAAAAUGACGAAAACUGUAUUUCUUCUUUUGUUGGUCGCUAUCCUUUGCAUGCUUCCUCUUUACAUUAUGCUUCAUGUAGAACUUCUCUGCGAGUCUUGCAUGGAAAUUUCGAUGGUAAAAAUCCUAAGCAGAUUGUCUGAGCCGCUUUUGUUCCUGAAUUCGGGAUUAAACCCUUUUCUUUAUGCAUGGACUAUUCCAAAAUACCGCCAAGCGCUCAAAGCGAUACUUCUUCGAACUCGGUGC